AUGAUCGGAUUGGAUCCAAACGAUGACGCAACAAUUAAAUUGCACGUGGAUAUACAGCCAUCUAGGAAAUCGAAAGAUGAAAAAAAGAAGUCGAAGCAUUCGUUGAAAAAGAAGGCGAGCAGUAGCUCAGAGGUAACGGAUUCUGAAGACGAGAAAGCAUCGAAGAAGAAGAAAAAGAAACAGAAGAAAAAGAAAUCUAGUUCUUCAUCUUCAGAAGAUGAAAAAUGCGCGAGAAAGAAGAAGCAAAAAAAGAAAAAUAAAAAGGAAUCCAGCUCAUCUUCAGAGGAGGAGGAAAAAUCAAAAAAGAAAAAAAAGAAAAAAUGUUCUUCGUCGUCCUCAUCAUCGUCAUCAUCGUCGUCAUAA